AUGGAAAUCUCCGCAAGCUGCACUCUGUGAAAUGGCAUCAGACAGCGAGGUAAAAACCCUCCUGAAUUUUGUCAAUCUGGCCUCGAGUGACAUCAAAGCGGCUCUGGAUAAAUCCGCUCCUUGCCGCCGCUCAGUCGAUCACAGAAAAUACUUGCAGAAACAGCUCAAAAGGUUCUCCCAGAAAUACUCCAGGAUCCCACGGUGCCACCCCAGCAAACCAGCGGAGUGCAGUGUGAAGAGGGGUGCUGAGGAGAGGGGUCGGCGGCCGGGGGCGCCCCACCCCAGCCACCACUGCAGAGCUGAGAAGGCGCUGAGGGCUGCCGAGGCGGAGGAGACCUUUCCUGGGGAGCAGCUUUUGCAGGCGCAAAAUCCUGAGCCCGCGAAGCCGGAUCAGGUGCCCAUGAGGAAGAGACAAUUGCCUGCCUCCUUCUGGGAAGAGCCCCGGCCGGCACAGAGCCUUCUGGCCAGGAGCUUUCCCGAUGGCCUGGGCGGGCUCCCAAACUCCGGAGAGCCUCUUCCUUACGAGGAGAAGAAAAGCAGACGGAGCCCGGAGGCUGCAGGCCCCGAGAGUCCCCAUGAGCCCAUGCUGCAUGGUGGCAAGAAAGAAUCUGCCAAGGCCCCGGGGCCACCCACGGCUGGACGUGUGGCUGCCUGGACUUGCUGCCCCUUCCAGUGCCCCGGGCAGCCUUUGUACCAAACCCCUGGGGCGCUGCCGCCAUCGCCCUUCCCGGGCCUGGUGCUGUGGCGGAAAAGCGCAGCGCUGCCGGGGGAGGUCCAGCACUUCUGCAAGGAGGCGGACAGCACGGGGCAGAAACUCUACAGGCCCGUGGUCGUGAAACCCAUUCCCACCAAGCCGUCUGUGCCCCCUCCGAUUUUCAAUGUUUUUGGCUAUAUUUAG